GACUGUAAGGGAGAAAAGAGAGAGUGAUGUGAAGCUGAGCCUGAAGACUGCAGUUGAUGUGUCCACCCCUGCUGGAGUGGCCAAGAUACUGAUACAACAGACUGAUAAACUGAGCUCUAAAGACCUGAGGGAAGCCAUGAUGUCCCAACCUAAGCUGGGCCUCCAGACGAGACAGAUGAAGGAGGCGUUCUUUGAGACCAGGAUUCGACAGGACAUCCAGGAGGAGAGAGCCAAUCAUCUCAGAUGGCAAGUUCACCUUGGGAUGGACCCUGUCUCGGCACAGACCAAAAGGCAGGUUUUGGAGGAGAGAGAUGUUGCAGAUUAUGAAUAUAUGGUUAGAAAAGGAGAGGUGAGGAAGGAGAGGGACUUUGCUAGAGAUCAACCUAAGCUCUCUACCAGACGUGUCCUGCAUAACACAGGCCAGGCACCGAUGGGCACGCCUUCCUUUCGCAUUUACUCCAGCAGUCAUCUGGAGAUCAGGCAGAGAGCUCUGAGGCUCUUCCAGCAGGUAGCCCGCAAGGUGGUGAUUCGAUGUCGUAUGAACAACAGACUUGUCUCGUUUAGGCAGCUGACUCAAAGCUUGAAGCGCCUGUCCAAAGGAGUAAGAGUUGAGGAGGAGACCUCUCAUCUCCCGAAGAUCUCACCAGACAACGUGAUUCCUUUCACAUUUCCUAUCUUCUCUCUUCCAUACCAGUCUGAUGAACUGGCUCCCAAUGCGUUGGGUGCCGUCCCUGUUAGGCCUAUUGAGGUCCUGGUCAAACCACACACUCCAUUCUUCAAUCUCAAGGUUCCCCAGCACUACAAGUUAAUGGGGUACCAGCCUGUUUCGGCCUUUGAGGCUGCAGCUAGCUACAUUCCCCCAACCCAGCCCAGAACGCUAUGCACUGGGGCACAGGAUGAACUGUUGCCCAGGGUGAUCCGUUCUCCCUCGGGGUGUGGUGUGGCCGAGCCAGAGGGUGAAGAGGAUGUGGAGCAGGAGGACGAGUGUCCCAGUCUGAGCUUCACGGCCCCAGCCGCCCUGCUGAAGCCCCCCUAUGCACACCCCCUCAGAAUCUUUAACCCAGCCCCCGGUCUUCAUGCCUUCAAAGCGGACCCUCUCUACCUAGAGUGUGACCUGGAGUUCCACCUGUGUCCACUGCCCCGGUACACCAUUCCAAAGCUCUCUGUGUUUGGAAUGCACACCCCCAGCACUCAGAAGACAUUUUUGGACCGAACAGAUGUGAUCCGAGGCGUGAUGACCUGGAAGAAGUUCCCAUCGGCUGCCCUAGCCGCUCUGGCCAACACUCCCACACUCACCAGUAGCUGGGCCCCGCGCAUCAGGUCUGACCCCUUCAACAGUGACAUUCUGCCCACCAUGGCGCCCACAGCUCUGAAUGGCCUUCCAGAAGAUAUGACAGAGGAGCUACUGGAUGGACAGUUUGAAAGCAUGGGAAUCUCUCUCACGACUGAGAUGAUCCGAGCCGAGUUUCCCCUGCCAGAGAAUGUACCUUCAACUCCCAGACAGCUGAAAGACGACAGCUCUAAAGAUGACAGCAGUUCCCUGAGUCCCUGUAAAACUCCCCAGAUGAUGCCUCUGAGUACAGCCAACACCUCCAGGGAAUCAAGAGAGCAGCAGCUGGAGUUAUUUCUGAAGUCUCAGACCAAUAGACUUGGUGCCAAGGUGAUGGCGCGACUCAACCACCUGAAUAUUGUGGGCAAGGCUAAUUCACCCUCUACACCAGAGAAUAAAUAGUAGUAUAUUUGGUAUGAGGCACUAAGGUUGAUGCAGGAAAUAUCAGAUUACAGUACUGAUAUAUUUCAUAUAAUACAUUUUACUGUAAAAUAUGUCAUUACGGUAGCUGCUAAGUGCUAUUGUAUAGUAGCCACACUACUGAUGCUGUGCCCAUUGUCUUGCAUUUGCACUGGCCAAUUCAUCCAAGGACAUUUUCAUUUAAAACAGUCUUCAUGUACUUGAAAGUUUGGCUUCUUGUUUUAUUUAAUUAAAGACAGGCCUUUCUGGCAAAUAAAAGAAA